CACACGCUACAGUUAAGAAGCGAAACAGGUGGGAAGCCGACGAGUGGCGUCGAGAUCGAGAGGGGUAGCGCGCGACCCUGGCAGGAUUAAAAAGACCAGAAAAUGAGAGAAAUAACGUUAAUGGAAGAUCGAUGAAGUUCGACACUCGAUUGAAAUGACAUUCGAAACAUUCGCGCGCCCUACAUCAUGCCCACUAACUCGAACAAACUGGCAGAAUGUUGCGGUCUCACUGCCGGAGGGAUCGUCACGUCCGUCUACACCACGGUAAUAUACAUGGCCGCAUUUGCUAUGGAGCUAUGGUGGAUCAUAGAGCAAGAAGUUAGUCUUCCGGCACCCGCUUACGUACUGGCAGCCGGUUACUUUUUUACCUUUCUGGUAUCGCUGUUUCUACUAGUCGGAGUGUUUCUGAAGAAACCCAGAUACGUCUUAGGAUGGUUGUUUGUCAUGGCAUUGUUUUUCCUACCCGAAUGCGGCUUGGUUGUUUACAUGAGCGUCUAUCACUGGACACUAGAACAGAAGAACGGUCUUCUCGAAUUAACGUUCUACGUCUGCAGAGCGUUUUUAAACGUUUUGUGCAUCGUUUGCGUGUUGCAACUCUAUCGCAGAUGGAAGGAGGAGAAGACGGUGAUGAGGAGACUAGAAAAUCUGCACGUGGGUUCGGCACUUUCGGAGAUGAACCUGACCAGCCGCAAAGAAAACGGGGAUAUGUCCAACGGGCACAUCAACACAGCAUUUUCGUACGGGCCAUCCAGAAGCCAAUCGGGUAAUUUCUUUCUGAGUUCGGGGCACGGAUCGGGUAAACUGAUGCGCGGUCCCUCCUCCGCUUCCACUAGCAAAACGCAAUACUACAAUAGAAACUGCGGGAUUGGUCCGGAUCAGAGGACCACCCCUUCGCAGCAUCCCUAUUGGAGGUCGGACAAGUGCGAAUUCGAUGCCUCCUCUUUCAACGAAUACGUGGGACGGUCACAUCACACGCAAUCCGACAUAGGAGUCAGCCGCAGGGAUUCGCUGACGUUGGAACCAGGAAAGGAUCGCUGUGUGACGUCGCCCAUGACGUUCUCCACGCAGAGCCUGGAGAGGCCCAAAUUCAAGAAGUUAGGAAUCGGCCGAAGGUCCAGAUCGCUGGAAGAAAUGAACGGGCCCACGCUGAUCGACGAUUACGUUCUGGAGAAAAUUAACGAACGCCCUUUUCAAUACCUGGAACGACCAGGCAGCAUGAUGCUGUAUGAAGAUUCAAGCCCGGAUCACAGCAUCGGUGACAUCGCGCUUUGAUCCCUGCCACGGAAAAAUGGCGGAAAUUCUCCUUACGAGGGUGAAAUUUGCAUAUUCAAGACUCGAUUCUUAACGCAGAGAGGAACUUUUGUAAAUAUCGUAAUCGGACAUUUCAACUGCCCAAUGUUCGAAUAAGCAGAGAUGCCAAACUAAUGCUAUUUAAAAGUCAUUGCCUCAUUAAGUCGUGUUCGUUAAUUCACUAAAAAGUUCAAUAAAUAUUUUAUUCCAUGAUUA